AAGCAAUACAGAAAGGGAAACGAACCCGGCCCGCUUCUCUUUCGCGUCGUGCGUUUACGACGGCGCGGAAUACGGCUGGCAGGCGGGAAAGCUCCUCUUCUGUGAAGGAGGGAAGAGUGAGGGAAGCCUGAGGAGAGAGAGAGAAAGUGGGGGAGACUCUGAGGAAGAAAAAGGGGGCGAAGCACCCGAGGGAGGGCUGGGAGGAGGAAUUGAAGGAGGGGCAAAACAGGCAGAGAAAAGCGACCCCCGAGGAAAAGCUUUGGGGGGAGGGGGAGUUUGACGUUUUUGUUUUGUUUUGUUUAAAAUUGGGGGUGGGAGCGAGCUUUUGAUAGGAGGUUAUUAAAAAGUGGAGGAAAAGGUUUCAAGAGAGAGGGAGGCUUUUAAAAAAGCAACAACGUAGGAUUGGCAUUUAUUUCUGCUGGGGGAGGGAAUAUUAAAAAGAGCGAAAAAGCUGGAUUUGGGAAGAAAAGAAAGGAGGGGGCAGAAAGGUAGGGAAAGGACCAUCGUGGGCGGGGGGGGGGUGUUGUUUGAGGCCAAGCAGCUGUUGAGUGGAUGGAGGGGUGGGCUUGGCCUUGAGGUGGGAGAGGCAGUGCUGGCUCUGGAGUUAAAAGGCAGCCAGUGGGUUUUACAUGCCUGAAUCCUGGUGGUCUGCACUUUGGAGUAGGAUCUAGUGGUCAGAUAAGUUCAGAAUCGUGCUUUGACUUUGGGCAAGCUGCGAAACGGAUUUCCUCCGCCUUGGACACUGAGGGAAACGCAGUCUGGUGCUGGUUUGAAUGGUCUCCUCUUGAAACGGGAGUUCCUGCUGCGGAGCCCGUUGGCAGGCCUUCCGGUGUAGAAGGUCCCCCCAGUUCCUAGUCCAACAGCCUUGGGUUGUCAAAGAACUCCAUCCCUUUACAAGUCCACGUUUGUAAGAAAUGGGAACCUGUGCACAUCAGAACAUCCAGCUGUUUUUGCAACCUUUCACGGUUCACCUGUGCCAAUUGAGCUGUCUUCCUCUGUAUCCGAAACUGGGUUCUAAUCCCGUAUUAACCAACUUUUGGUGCUGAUCCCAUGGUGGCUUUAUAAACAGACAAAGCAGCCUUGCGAAGAAGGUUCCGUCAUGGCUUGGCAGGCUGGGAAUUGGGCCCAGCUCUCAGGAUGAUUGGUCAGAGCAGACUGUUUGCCCGCUGCGGAGUUGGAUUGCUCUUCCGGUCCUGGAGUCUUUGCUUCUCUCAGGCUGCUGAGGGCACAAUGGUCCGAAACAUCCAGAAGGUUCUCUGCGUGGCAGAGAAAAAUGAUGCUGCCAGGGGGAUUGCAGACAUCCUUUCCAACAGCAGGAUGAGGAGGAGAGAAGGGUUUUCCAGGUUCAACAAGAUCUACGAAUGCCAGUACCAUAUGCUUGGCCAGAAUGUAGCUGUGGUUAUGACUUCUGUUUCUGGACAUUUGCUGGCUCAAGACUUUAAGAUUCCGUUUCGAAAAUGGCAUAGCUGCAAUCCACUUGUCCUCUUUGAUGCCGAAAUUGAGACAUUCUGCCCUGAAAACUAUAUGGACAUUAAGCGAACACUUGAGCGAGAAGUUCAGCAGUGCCAGGCUCUGGUGAUCUGGACAGAUUGCGAUCGCGAAGGAGAGAACAUUGGCUUCGAGAUCAUUAACGUUUGCAAAGCAGUGAAGCCGAGCCUCCAGGUAUUCCGAGCUCGCUUCUCCGAGAUCACGCCUGGUGCCAUCAGAACUGCCUGUGAGAAUCUCACCCAGCCCAAUCAGAAUAUUAGUGAUGCUGUGGAUGUCAGACAAGAGUUGGAUCUCAGGAUAGGUGCUGCCUUCACCCGAUUCCAGACUUUGAGGUUCCAGAAACUCUUCCCCAACGUUUUAGCAGAACAGCUGAUCAGCUACGGAAGUUGUCAGUUCCCAACACUGGGAUUUGUGGUGGAAAGGUUUAAAGCCAUUCAGGCCUUUGUUCCUGAGUUGUUUUACAAAAUUAAAGUGACCCAUGACCAUGAGGAAGGCACUGUGGACUUCAGCUGGAAGAGGAACCGUCUCUUCAACCACACAGCCUGCCUUGUUCUCUACCAAAUGUGCAUGGAGGAUCCUGUUGCCACAGUUGUGGAGAUUGGGAGCAGACCAAGGAGCAAAUGGAGACCCCUGCCACUAGACACCGUGGAACUUGAGAAGUUGGCUUCUCGUAAGCUGAAAAUAAAUGCCAAAGAAACCAUGAAAAUCGCUGAGAAGCUCUACACUCAGGGGUACAUAAGUUAUCCUCGAACAGAGACCAACAUUUUCCCUAAAGACCUAAACCUCCCCAACUUGGUGCAGCUUCAAACGCAAGACCCUCACUGGGGAGCCUUUGCACAAAGGAUUCUAGACCAGGGUGGGCCGACCCCACGUAGUGGAACUAAAUCAGAUCAGGCUCACCCCCCUAUUCAUCCUACAAAAUACGCGGGAAAUUUGCAGGGGAAUGACCAGCGACUCUAUGAAUUCAUUGUGCGCCACUUCCUAGCCUGCUGUUCACAAGAUGCGAAGGGACAGGAAACAACCGUGGAGAUUGACAUUGCUAACGAGCGCUUUGUGGCUCAUGGGCUGAUGAUCCUGGCCAGAAAUUACUUAGAUGUCUAUCCUUACGAGAAGUGGAGCGAUAAGGUUAUCCCAGUUUAUGAGAGGGGGUCUCGCUUUCAGCCCACCACAGUGGAGAUGACGGAUGGGGAGACCAGCCCGCCCCAGCUGCUUACAGAAGCUGACCUCAUUUCCCUCAUGGAGAAGCACGGCAUUGGGACAGAUGCAACCCACGCGGAGCACAUUGAGACCAUCAAGUCCCGCAUGUACGUGGGGCUCACCCCAGAGCAGAGGUUCCUUCCUGGGGAGCUGGGGAUGGGGCUGGUAGAAGGCUACGAUGCCAUGGGCUACGAAAUGUCUAAGCCUGACCUCCGAGCCGAACUGGAAGCUGACCUGAAGCUGAUCUGCGAGGGGAGGAAGGAGAAAUCUGUUGUGCUGAGGGAGCAGAUCCAGAAGUACAAGCGAGUCUUCAUCGAAGCUGUCGCGAAGGCAAAGAAGCUGGAUGAGGCUCUGUCUCAGUAUUUUGGGGAAGUGACCCACGUUGCACAAGAAGAAGAGAUCUACCCAGCAAUGCCAGAUCCUGUUAGGAAAUGUCCACAGUGCAACAGCGACAUGGUCUUGAAGACCAAGAAGAAUGGAGGGUUUUUCCUCAGCUGCUUGGGCUAUCCCACCUGUAAAUCUGCUGUGUGGUUCCCCGAUUCUCUGCUGGAAGUCAGCAAAGACGACUCCAUCUGCGAAGUGUGCAGACCACAUCCGGUGCACAUGUUGAAGAUGAAGUUCAAGAGGGGCAGCCUCCCGCCCAUAAUGCCCCUGGAGUUUGUUGGCUGCAUCGGAGGCUGCGAUGAAACCCUGAGGGAGAUCCUGGAUCUGAAAUACCUUCAAGGGCCACCAAGACCUUUGCAGACGACCAGCCAAGCAAGCAACCUCUCACAAGCCAACCGUUCCUCUGACCGCACCGACAGCAACUGGAACAGCCACAGGGCACUCCCGAAUGCUCCCCAAGGCCCUCCUGCAUGGGCCGCCCGAAAUCCUCCCCCUGCGCUUGCCAAUUCUGAUGGGAACAAUGCAGUGGUAUGCAACUGUGGGGAGGAGGCUGUGCUGCUCACCGUCCGGAAAGAAGGACCCAACCAAGGCAGGCAGUUCUAUAAAUGCAGCGCUGGCAGCUGCAACUUCUUCCUGUGGGCCGAUCAGCAACCGGACAGCAGGGACACUGGGAUGCCCAGGGGCUUUGCACCCCCUCCAGGCCCCUUUGAUAGAGGGGAAAGGGGCUCAGGGCGCUCUUGGAGUGACGGCUCCGACCCUGGAGGAGGCGGCGGCGGUGGGCAAGGAGCUGUGUGCAGGUGUGGCCAGCCUGCUGUCACCAGGACUGUUCAGAAAGAAGGACCCAACAAAGGACGUCAGUUCCACACCUGCUCCAAGCCAAGGGAACAGCAGUGUGGCUUUUUCCAGUGGGCGGAUGAAAACACGGCACCAGCCCCAGAUGCCGCCUUUCCUUCAAACCACUUCACGAACAAAGGGAACACGAGAGGCUCAGGAACUAAGACUAAAAGAUCAGACAGCGAUUCUUCCGUGAGGGCGCCCACUAACAAGAGGCCACGGACUUGCGGUAUUUGCCACCAACCUGGCCAUACCAGGAAGACAUGUCCACAGAAUCACUGAAGCAGCCCAGCCCCCAGAAUUUGACCCAGGACAUCCCUUCAGAAGGAUGAGGGAUGAGAGGGAACUCUUACAAUGCAAUGAGGAAGUGUUUGCCUGGAAUAUUGGAAGCCUUCUUGCAAGCAUGGUUCCUUUUGUGGCCAGGCCUUCACAUUCUUCCAGUGCUGGUGGAAGGUCAGGUCUGCUUUCUAUGAGCCAGGCACAGCACAGGUCUUUGAUCUCUUAGCUGUAAUGCAUUCAAGAGUCAGACGAUUUUGAGGCAGUAGGAAGUCUUCCCGCUAACCCCUCUUUAUGCAGCAGCCUACAGAUCUCCAUUUUUAUCUUUCAAUAAGUCUCCCCCCCCCCCACCUGAACAGCAGAAAGCACAAGAGACUUUUCUUUCCUGUCAGUUAUUCUAUAAUCCGCAUAUUCUUUGGAAGGAGCAAACUCUUUACGGAUCUGUGAGCAGAAUUCUUGUGAAGGAAAGAUAAUUCGCCUGAAGUGCCUGUUUCUUUCCAGUGUCACACACUGGCUUGAAGAGGUGUGCGGUCCGAGACCUUGGGCCAAACGCAACCUCAAGAAGAGACGGCAAACAAGACUACAGAGCGUAGCUGUACUGUUUUUUGGGGUGCAGGCUGCGGCUGUGAUUUACGAACCCUCAUCUUACUUUUUCAUGGGUCCUGAACUGUGUAUGUUGCUUUUCCAAAGCAAUAGCCACCGGUACAAAGGUUUUGUGACUGAAAGAGCUGUAGAGCCUGCUUUUCUUCCCUAGAAAAUGUUAAAGGUCAGUGGACUAACAGUGGUGGAGAACCAUUGUUUACUGAACACCACUAGGUACACCACCUGCAUACCAGGAAGUCCUUUACUUCUUCCAAACGAGGACAGCAAGCCUCAGCACCUUAUAUAAGAGGAAGGAGGAUAUGGGAUGCAGACAACAUCUCUCCAACUCCAACUGUUGUCUGGUAAAUGUUCUGAUUAAAAGCAAGCUACUGCCUGAUUACAAA